CCAUGGAGGAGUGCAAUAAUUGAUUUUCGCCGUUUUUCGGCUCACGUUUUUCGACAGUGAGUCGUUCUCGUGUCUGCCAUAGCUUCCGCGAAAAGCACGAACCGCCGUAAUGAAGCUCAAACUCUCAAGAUUUUUGAUGCACAGGUGCAUAAAGUUCUGCAAUUAGUAGCAGAAGCCUUACAUAUCAUACUUUAGAAGGCCGUAUCGACCCACUCUGUUUGGACCAAAGAAAAAGUUGGCGUCGCCUUUCCCCGUGCAUGUAAAAUAAAUGUGCAUGCAGAUCUCAAGAGAAAGAAGAAAAACUUGUUCUUCCUGUUUGUGUUCAUCAGCUUGAUCUCAGUUGAAUACCUCACUUAUUACCUCCAGACUCUGUCUUGGCCAGACACCGAAUGCACAGAAGUCACGACUGACGAGGAAUGCAUGAAACUCAUUUUUGUGGCAGACCCACAGCUGAUUGGUGAAGAGCUAGAAACUGGCUUCAAAUCCAUUUUCAGUUUUUGGGACAGCGAUCGAUAUGUGAAGAGAACUUUCUCCUAUGCCAUGGUGAAUGUCCAGCCUCAGGCUGUCGUAUUCCUCGGCGACCUGCUCGACGAAGGCAGCAUUGCAAGUGAGGAGGCUCACAAGCGAUACGUAGAUCGCUUCAAGUGGGUCUUCCCUGAGCAAAAAAACGUGCCAUACAUAUAUCUACCAGGGGACAAUGAUAUUGGCGGAGAAGGAGAUCCGAUGACGCGGCUAAAAAUUCAAAAGUUCGAGAAGCAUUUCGGCCAGCCAGACAUUAUUCGAGUCAAGGGGAUUACAUUUUAUAAGAUCAACCGAAUGCGUUACCAGUUCCCCAAACUGACGCACGCAUUACCUGAGAACGAAACGAGAAUUAUAGUCAGUCACCUUCCUUUGCUCACACACCCAAGUCCCUUCAUAGACCAUAUCGUGGAAAAGUUUGAGCCCAACUUGAUUUUCUCGGGCCAUGAACAUGUGGCUGCCCACCUGAGCAUAGUGCAGGGUCAGCGCCUUGGCAGGACCGAAGCCCUGGUGGAUCCGGUUGAACUCGAGCUGGACCAAUUUCAAGUCAUUAACGAGAUUAUGGUACCAACGUGUUCCUACAGGAUGGGCACUGUUGAUAUGGGCUACGCAGCUGUUUCUAUCAAUACCAAGACUCAAAGAGCCACCGUGGUGAUUUUGGCGUUACCAGACCGAUUCAGGCAGCUCUACUUUUAUCUCGGAAUGCUCAUCGUUUUAAUACUCUACUAUUUAGCAAUCGCGACUUUUGUAUUUUUCAGGAAGUAUUUCAAGCGUUGUAUUUACCUUUAAUCUAGUGCUGAGAAUAAACCCAAGCUACCUGCAGCAGCCAAAGAGAAUCAACUCCCUUUUAGAGUUGCAAAGUGCCAAAAGAUUCAAGCCAGAGAAUAUCGAUCCCACCUCCCUUUUGAUAUAGCUGUAUUAUACCCUUUUCUAUAGAUCCACUGUCGAAAUGAGCGAGUGCACAAUUUUAACUCUAAAUAAACUUUAUUUUUGGCCAGCAAAUCAAAGUC